AUGGUGCAUGAUGAGUGCACAGAUGUGGAAGGAAGCGGGCGGCUGAUGGAAAGCAGGCGAGUGGGAGGGAGAGGCGCUGUGUGUGAGACCCAGCAUCUGCCUGAUGCUAACGCCAAGACCACCCUCCAGCCUGAGGCCUCAUGGGAAACUGCUUGUCCCACUAUCCAGGCUCCAGGCUGUCCGGAGAUGCCUCCAGGAGCCCCAGACUCACUGCCUCCCACAGCGGCCCUCCAGCAGACAGUGACACCCACCAACUCACUAAGAUUUCUCUCAGUUCUGGGCUUCCCAGCUGAGAUUCACCUUUUUGGAGUUUUGCUGGCCAUUUUAGGAAACUUGGUGAUCAGCAUUUCUCUAAAUAUUCAGAAAUAUUCUCACCUUCAGCUGGCACAACAGGAGCACCCAAGGCCAUACUUCAAGAGUGUGCUGUGGUGGGGUGGUGUCCUGCUGAUGGCCGUGGGAGAGACGGGGAACUUCGCAGCCUAUGGAUUUGCUCCCAUUACUCUGAUCGCUCCAUUAGGCUGUGUGUCUGUUACAGGUAGUGCCAUUAUUUCUGUUACAUUUUUGAAAGACAAUUUGAGAGCCUCAGAUUUACUAGGUAUGACACUGGCAUUUGCAGGAACAUAUUUACUGGUGAACUUUGCUCCAAAUAUAACUCAGGCAAUCUCAGCAAGAACAGUGCAGUAUUACUUUGUUGGAUGGCAGUUCCUGAUCUAUGUGAUUUUCGAAAUAUUAAUUUUCUGCAUUCUCCUAUAUUUCUACAAAAGAAAAGGAAUGAAGCACAUGGUGAUUCUGCUAACCCUGGUGGCACUUCUAGCCUCAUUGACUGUUAUUUCAGUAAAGGCCGUCUCAGGCAUGAUCACUUUUUCUAUGACGGAUAAAAUGCAACUAACUUAUCCCAUUUUCUAUAUCAUGUUUAUCAUCAUGAUAGCAUCUUGUGUUUUCCAAGUCAAGUUCCUGAAUCAAGCCACGAAACUCUACAAUACGACAAGAGUGGUGCCAGUUAAUCAUAUUUUCUUUACAAUCAGUGCCAUCAUUGCAGGUAUCAUAUUUUAUCAGGAAUUCCUUGGUGCUGCUUUUCUCACUGUAUUUAUAUAUCUUUUUGGGUGUUUUCUGUCAUUCCUUGGUGUAUUUUUGGUCACAAGAAAUCGAGAAAAGGAACAUCUGCAACAGUCUUAUAUUGAUUUUGGAAAUAUUCCUGGGAAACAAAUGUUGGACAAAAUACAACCAGAUUCAAAUAGCUUAUCCUAUGGAACUUUGCCUGAUGGAAGUGACUCAACAAACAGCCAAAGUGGAGAGAAGAAAGAGGUCUAAAAUGCUGAGAGGGAUGACUGUUGGCCUGUUAUUCGAUACCACCUUUUUAAAAAAUUGCACAUGUUCAAUUUGUGUCAGCAGCUCUUUUAUAAGCUGACAUAUGCUAGUGUUCAUUUCAGUCCUUUCCCCCACCUCAGCGCCUAUGGACAAUCAUGGGCUUCCUAAGCUCUGACAGUCUAAUAUUUCCAUGGAAUGUGAUUUGAAGUGUUCCCCACACCCUGGACCUCUCCCUAGUGAUUAUCUAGCCAGCUACACCUUAAUCAGAGCCCAGCUGCUCUAGCAGGAAUGUUGCACAGAAAUGUACAUUUGCGGUUUGGCCAUAAGUCGCAUAGGUAGCUUCUCCCACGGGUAGUGUCAGUUGCUUCACUUUAAAAAGACACUUCAGCCCCGUAGCCUGACUCCCAAAAGAAAGGUUUGAGAGUGCUCAUUUUUUUCUAAGCCACCUUUUAUAAGCCUCUCUAUAAAAAUCUUACCUUUCAAGUCCUAAAUUAGAAUUGCAAGUCAUCUUUUCUGAAAACUAAUGCUAUCAAAGUCCUCCUUGGAAAAUUAAGGGUCUCUUUAAAAUUAGAAUUUAUAAAUGGCAUUCAGUGAUGGUGUAUACCAAAAUUAAAAGACCUUGACUGGUGGGCUUUUUAAAUGUAAGAAAGAGGAAGUUUAAGAAGUAGGACUCUGCUUGUUUCGGUAGCCCAUGUACUAAAAUGGGAACAAUGCAGAGAAGAUUAGCACAGCCCCCGCGCAAGGCUGACACAUAAAUUCAUGAAGCAUUAGAGACAAAAAGUAGGACCAAUGUUUCUUUAUUUUGUAAUAAAAAUAUAGAAUGGU